GUUUUGUCGACAGUACCGAUAUAUAGGUUAGAAUUUUAAUUUCCAUAUAUCGUUCAUUCUUGUGUGGUGCAGUGGUGAAUGAUGCAAUUUUAGUUAAUUAAUUGCAAUGGUUGGAAUAAAGUCGCAACGGAUCCCCCGCGUACCGGAAACAAUUGUAUUUCCCAAAGAAGAGGAAAAAAUUCUAGCAUAUUGGAAGCAAAUCGAUGCUUUUAAAACUUGUUUGAAGCAGUCCAAAGGAAAACCCAAGUACACUUUCUACGAUGGUCCACCAUUCGCGACGGGCCUGCCGCAUUACGGUCACAUUCUAGCCGGCACCAUUAAAGACGUGGUCACUCGAUACGCCCAUCAACUGGGUUUCCAUGUCGAAAGGAGAUUCGGCUGGGAUUGCCACGGCCUGCCCGUCGAGCACGAAAUCGACAAGACCUUAAACAUCAAAGGCCCCGAUGACGUCAUGAGGAUGGGCAUCGCGAAAUACAACGAAGAAUGCCGCAAAAUCGUGAUGAGAUACAGCGACGAAUGGGAAAAAAUCGUUGGAAGGCUCGGACGGUGGAUCGAUUUCAAGAAUGAUUACAAAACGUUGUACCCUUGGUUUAUGGAGUCUGUUUGGUGGAUUUUCAAGCAGCUGUAUGUUAAAGGUUUGGUUUAUAAAGGCAAUAAAGUGAUGCCCUACUCGACUGCUUGCAAUACUCCGUUAUCUAAUUUCGAAACCGGUCAGAAUUACAAGGAUGUCGUUGAUCCAGCCGUUACUGUCAGUUUACCACUCGUAGGCGAUAAAGAAGGAGCUUCCAUUCUCGUUUGGACUACCACCCCUUGGACCCUACCCAGUAAUUUAGCUACUUGUGUUCAUCCAGAACUCAUAUACGCUCGCGUACAGCAAAUUAGUACGGGAAAAGUGUACAUUUUAAUGGAAUGCCGCAUCGAAUCGAUUUUCCCCCUAGACGAUAUCAAAGUAUUGAAAACCUUUCCGGGAAAAGAACUAAAGGAUUUACGCUACGAACCAGCCUUUGGAUAUUUCAGUCACUUGAAAUCGACGGCCUUUAGAAUUCUAGUCGAUGAAUACGUAACAUCGGAAUCCGGUACCGGCAUCGUCCACCAGGCGCCCUAUUUCGGAGAGGACGACAAUCGAGUGUGCUUAGCCAACGGCGUUGUAACCAGAGAUCAGGAACCCAUAUGCCCCAUCGAUGCCAAAGGGUGCUUCGUAGAACCGGUGGUCGACUUUCUGGGUCAAUACGUUAAAGACGCCGACAAGAACAUCAUCGCUUACUUGAAAGAGAAAGGAAGACUGGUCCAUCAAUCGCAGAUAAAGCACAGUUACCCGUUCUGCUGGAGAUCCGACACGCCGCUGAUAUACCGAUCGGUGCCUUCGUGGUUCGUGCGAGUGGAGCACAUGAGAGAGGACCUGCUCGCAUCGAUAGCCGAUACGUUUUGGGUGCCGGAUUUCGUGAAGGAAAAGCGAUUCGCCAAUUGGCUGAAGGAAGCGCGCGAUUGGGCCGUCAGCAGGAACAGGUACUGGGGCACUCCCAUACCGAUUUGGACGUCUCCAGAUGGGGACGAGAUGGUUUGCGUCGGUAGCAUCGCCGAGCUGGAGGAGCUCAGCGGUCGAAAGAUCACCGAUUUGCAUCGGGAAGUCGUCGAUGCUAUUACUAUUCCCAGUCGUAUACCAGGUAAUCCGCCGUUGAGGAGAAUAAGCGAGGUGUUCGACUGUUGGUUCGAGUCGGGUUCGAUGCCCUACGCUCAGGUCCAUUACCCGUUCGAGAACAGCAAAGAGUUCGAGGACGGUUUCCCCGCGAAUUUCAUAGCCGAAGGGGUCGAUCAAACGCGAGGUUGGUUUUACACUCUCACUGUAUUAUCUACGGCUUUGUUCGGCAAGGCGCCGUUCAAAAAUCUGAUCUGCAACGGAUUGGUGUUGGCCAGCGACGGCUUCAAGAUGUCCAAGCGGAAGAAGAAUUACCCGGAUCCUUUGGAAAUCGUGGAUAAAUUCGGCGCCGACGCGCUCAGAUUGUAUCUGAUCAAUUCGCCGGUGGUGAAGGCGGAGAAUUUGCGAUUCAAAGAGGAAGGCGUGAGGGAUAUAAUUAAGGACGUUUUCCUGCCGUGGUACAACGCUUUUAGAUUCUUAUUUCAAAAUUUGGAGAUUUACACUCAAAACGACGUGGCGGUUUUCACGUACGACGAGAAAAACGUCCACAGCGACAAUAUAAUGGACAAAUGGAUUCUAUCGUUUACCGAAUCGCUGCUGUUAUACAUCCGCAAAGAAAUGGAAUUGUACCAUUUAUACAACGUCAUACCGAGAUUGUCCAAGUACUUCGACUACCUGACGAACUGGUACGUUCGAAUGAACCGAAAGAGGCUGAAAGGCGAGACGGGCCGAGCGGACUGUUACUCGGCCCUAAUGACGCUGUUCAACGUCAUACUGAACAUCAUCAAAAUGAUGGCGCCCUUCUCGCCGUUCAUCUCCGAAACGAUGUACCAGUACACGAAGGAACUGCUCGACCAGAAGGCGGACAGCGUGCACUACCUGAUGCUGCCGCAGCCCAACGAGAAGCUGAUCGAUUUGGACAUCGAAAGGGCGGUGGGGCGCAUGCAGAGCGUCAUCGAGCUGGGCCGGGUCGUGCGCGACCGGAAAACCAUACCGAUCAAGUACCCGUUGCCCGAGCUGAUCGUGGUGCACCGCGAUCCGCAAUACUUGGACGACGUCCAUCUGUUGUCCGAUUACAUCUUGUCGGAAUUGAACGUGAAGAAGAUCAGCACCACCGAGGACAAGAGCAAGUUCGGCAUCACGCUGAGGGCGGAGCCCGAUCACAAGGUGCUGGGCGCCAGGCUGAAGCAGGAUUUCAAAGCGGUGACCGAGGGACUGAAAUCGAUGACCGACGAGGAGAUAAAUCGGAUGAUUCAGAAGGGUUGCGCUACCGUGGCCGGUCAAUCGAUCGACAUCUCGGAAGUCAGGUUGAUUUUCAAAUCGGAGAAUCUGAAUAGCGAUCAAUACGAAGUGAACAGCGAUAACGAUGUGUUAGUGUUGAUGGACGUGACUCCGGAUUCUUCGAUGCAGGACGAAGGCACGGCCAGGGAAAUCAUCAAUAGAAUUCAGAAGUUGAGGAAGAAAGCCCAUCUGGUGCCUACCGAUGAGAUAUCUGUGUUUUAUUCAGCUUCGGGCGAUUUGAAGAGAGUGGCUGAAGAGUACGUGGAGUUUAUAGAAAACGUAUUGAAAACACCGUUUUCGAAGCUAUCGCAAAAACGACCGGCCGAUCAAGUUAUAAUCGAAGAUAAACAGAAAGUGAAAGGAUUCGAUUUGCAGAUUUUAUUGACCAAGAAAAGCGCGAGCGAUAUCGAUCCGCCUUCGGUUAAUUGGAUCAAUUUGGAACUGGUCGAUUUGAAAUCGAAAUACUGCCGAGGCGCUACGAAGGGCAUGGUUUUAACGCAAACCGGAAAAACGAAAAUCACCUUGGACAAAUUAAGGAGCGAAACGUCCCGUUUGUUCGGCAUCGACCAAUUCGAUUUGCUUCUAAAAGACGCCGGUCCCUUAAAGGACGCGCAGCUCAAGGAACUCGCCAAUCAAACGGUGUUCGUUGUAGCGACGGGUAAAAGGCCCAAGUUACCGGACAGCUCUUCGAUCCCCUUUUGCAAGUUUGCGAAUUUCGAUGAAAACGGUUGCAAGGGCACCAUCAUUCAGGAAAAUCCUGUUGGAAAUCCCACCAAGUACGUUUACGAGAAAAUUGUAAAACAAUGGAAGAGUACUUGAUAUUUUUUUUAUUGAUUUUAUUGAAAAAGUAACUCGAGGGAUGUGUAUAGUUACUUAAAAAUGUUAUAAAACGAUUUAAUUACAGUCUAUAGCCUUUCUAAAGUAAAUUGUAUUUUUUGUAAUGUUUUAGAAUUGAAAAUAAUCGCUUUACUUUAAAAAGGGUUAACAUUGUAAGUUUUCUUACGUGAUUAUUCAAAUGAGGAAACUUAAUGUUGUGUUAAAAAAUUGGAAAUAAAAUGAAACAAAAU